ACUAAUUAAUCAGUGCCGGUUUGAGUGGAGAAAAUAAAAGUCAACACUUUUUGUGGUACUUGGUCCUCUUCCUCCACCUUUCCCCUCCUCCUCGUCGUCUCCGGCCGGCAGGCGACCCCAGCUCCACAUCGGAACCACCUCCAGCCGCAGCUCGACAAGAGAAAGGAGAGAUGGCGGCGUCGGCGGUGCUGGCGCUGCUGCUGGCGUCGGCGCUGGCGGGUGCGGCGGCCGGCGGCGACAUCGUGCACCAGGACGACCAGGCCCCCAAGAUCCCCGGCUGCAACAACGACUUCGUCCUCGUCAAAGUGCAAAGCUGGGUGGGCGGCAACGAGGGCGACGAGUUCGUGGGCGUCGGCGCGCGCUUCGGCCCCAAGAUCGUCUCCAAGGAGAAGCAGGCCACCCGGGAGCCGCUCACCCUCGCCGACCCCAUCCACGCCUGCGCCCCUCCCAAAAACAAGCUGGUCUCCGGAGGCGUCCUCCUCGUCGAGAGGGGCAAAUGCAAGUUCACCAAGAAGGCCAAGCUCGCCGAGGCCGCCGGCGCUUCCGGGAUACUCAUCAUUAACUCCGGCACCGAGCUUUACAAGAUGGUCUGCGAGAAGAACGAAACGGAGCUUGACAUACACAUACCCGCAGUUCUCUUGCCCAAAGAUGCAGGCCAAGCUCUGCGUUCGCUUCUUACAGCUAAUACGUCAUCAGUUGGUGUGCAGCUAUACUCUCCAGAUCGCCCCGUAGUCGAUACGGCGGAGGUGUUCCUCUGGCUCAUGGCCGUCGGCACCGUCCUCUGUGCGUCCUACUGGUCAGCUUGGAGCGCUAGAGAAGCUGUUACCGAACAGGAAAAGCUCCUGAAGGAUGGACAUGAAGUCUCACUGACUGUUGAGGGAGGAGGUUCUAGUGGCAUCGUGGACAUCAACGUGAUAUCGGCGAUGAUGUUUGUUGUGGUCGCGUCGUGCUUCCUAAUAAUGCUUUAUAAGCUGAUGUCCGCCUGGUUUAUCGAUCUACUGGUUGUGAUCUUCUGCAUCGGCGGUGUAGAGGGCCUGCAAACAUGCUUGGUGGCUAUAUUAUCAAGAUGGUUUACAUCUGCUGCGGGAUCUUUUGUGAAAGUGCCGUUCUUUGGAGCAAUCUCAUACCUGACAAUGGCGGUAUCCCCAUUCUGCGUCGUGUUUGCUGUGCUGUGGGCUAUUUACCGCCAGUUUCCCUACGCUUGGAUCGCCCAAGACAUCCUUGGCAUCGCGCUGAUAGUCACUGUCAUCCAGAUCGUCAGGGUACCCAACCUCAAGGUCGGUUCAGUCCUUCUGAGCUGCGCGUUCCUGUACGACAUCUUCUGGGUGUUCGUCUCGAAGAGUCUGUUCCAUGAGAGCGUGAUGAUCGCGGUUGCGCGCGGUGACAAUACAGACGAGGACGGUGUGCCCAUGCUGCUGAAGAUCCCGCGGAUGUUCGACCCGUGGGGCGGGUACAGCAUCAUUGGCUUUGGGGACAUCCUUCUUCCGGGGCUCGUCGUUGCGUUUGCUAUGAGGUAUGACUGGGCCGGCAAGAAGAGCCUGCGAUGCGGUUACUUCCUGUGGUCAGCGUCGGCCUACGGUACCGGGCUCCUGAUCACGUACGUGGCGCUGAACCUGAUGGACGGGCAUGGGCAGCCAGCGCUGCUCUACAUCGUGCCCUUCACCCUGGGGACGCUGAUGUCGCUGGGGUGGAAGCGGGGGGAGCUGCGGAACCUGUGGUUCAAGGGGGAGCCGGAGCGCGUGUGCACCCAUCAGGGCUACCUGCAGAUGGCCAAGCCUCCUCCUGCUGCUGCUGCCCAUGAUGAUGAGGAUUCCUCUUCUUAGACAGACAGACAGACAGACAGACAGACAGACCUUGUGGUUGUCACUGCACUCGAUCUGUAGGAAGGAAGGAGACAGAUAGUAGUAGUCGGUUAUUUGUAAUUAUUGGUAACAUGUAUGUAUGUAUGUAUGUAUUGCCGCCUGGUAAAUAAUGAAGGGACGGACAGAAAUGUAAUGUGAUGUAAUCAUGUGUAGCUCCUCGCAUGACAAGGACAGAAAUGAACAAGACUAGUUCCGAAAUGGCAGAAUCUUGCAUUAAUUAA